GCAAAAAAACUGCAACUGCCCGACCGGGAAAUCAGGUGUGCGCAGAUAAGAAAAAUAGUAAUUGAAGGGCGGAGGAGGAGGAGGAGGAGAAGGCGGUUGUUUGGCUGGCGGGAAUAUUAAUUCGUCGGUGGGGAAUUGCACAGGGAAAGAUUCAUUAAAAGCCAAACACCGAAUUAGAUUUUGGUUACAGAGACGAGGACAGCAAGGGUGUGUCCUUUACUGUCGAUUUUUCUGCCAAUCUGGCGCACAUUGUGGAGAAAUAAGAGUUUGAAAUUUUAUGGAAUUGUACGCGGAUCAAAUUGGAUUUGAAUUGUGUGAUUUGUGAUAAACAAGAAAUUAGUGAUGGGAGGAGGCAGCGAUGAGCGGCAUCUGUUGAGAUCCAACCACAACAACGCGGAACCAGGUGAUGAGGAAGAUGAAGAGAUAGACAUCGAAGCUCCACAAACUUCCAUCAACCAUCAUCACAACAGAAGCAGCUUUUCUAGAGGAACAGGUGCCAUCAAGGACCUCUUCAAGAAUUUGGAUCGAGGCCUCUCUCUUUCUGGACGACGCUUCAGUUUCAAGCGACCUGACAGAGACCAUCCUUCGUCACCCUCUACUCCUACAGGUUUAAGUGGUUUUGGGAAUAGUAAAGUCGAUACUGCUACCGUUGAUAAUCUGGAUCAUCGUCAUCCGUACCACCCCUACGCCCACGCCGAUGCUAACAACGACGUCCUUGGUGAUAGUGCGCCUCCAGAAUGGGCUUUGCUGCUCAUCGGCUGUCUCCUUGGUGUGGCCUCCGGCCUCUGCGUCGCCGCUUUCAAUAUAGGGGUUCAUAUUAUACAUGAAUGGGCCUGGGCUGGCACCCCAAACGAGGGUGCUGCUUGGCUCCGGUUACAGAGACUGGCUGAUACUUGGCAUCGCAUUCUCCUGAUCCCUGUCACGGGAGGAGUUAUUGUCGGAAUGAUGCAUGGUUUACUCGAAAUCUUGGAUCAAAUUAAGCAUUCUAUUUCUUCUUCUUCCUCCUCUUCAAGACAAGGUUUGGAUUUGCUUGCUGGCGUUUACCCCACAAUAAAAGCUAUCCAGGCUGCCGUUACUCUUGGAACCGGAUGUUCUCUUGGUCCUGAGGGCCCGAGCGUGGACAUUGGCAAAUCAUGCGCCAACGGCUUCUCAUUGAUGAUGGAAAACAAUAGAGAAAGGAAGAUAGCUCUUGUCGCAGCCGGUGCAGCAUCUGGGAUUGCAUCAGGUUUCAAUGCUGCUGUUGCUGGUUGCUUUUUUGCUAUUGAAACUGUGUUAAGGCCUCUUCGUGCUGAGAAUUCACCUCCAUUUACAACUGCAAUGAUAAUAUUAGCCUCCGUUAUUUCAUCUACUGUAUCAAAUGCCUUGCUCGGAACACAGUCAGCUUUUACAGUUCCCUCUUAUGAUUUGAAGUCUGCUGCAGAGCUGCCUUUAUACCUGAUAUUGGGCAUGCUAUGUGGUGUAGUGAGUGUAGUCUUUACUCGCUUAGUCACUUGGUUCACCAAGUCAUUUGAAUUUAUCAAGGAAAAAUUUGGUCUUCCUGCUAUUGUCUGUCCGGCUCUUGGUGGUCUAGGAGCUGGGAUAAUUGCUUUAAAGUAUCCUGGAAUACUGUACUGGGGUUUCACAAAUGUGGAGGAGAUUCUACAUACUGGAAAGAGUGCGUCAGCUCCUGGAAUAUGGUUGUUAACUCAAUUAGCAGCAGCCAAGGUUGUAGCAACUGCACUGUGCAAAGGCUCUGGCCUUGUUGGUGGACUUUAUGCCCCAAGUUUAAUGAUUGGUGCUGCAGUUGGUGCUGUGUUUGGGGGUUCAGCUGCAGAAUUUAUCAAUGCAGCAAUUCCUGGAAAUGCUGCUGUUGCUCAGCCGCAGGCAUAUGCGCUGGUUGGAAUGGCUGCUACAUUGGCUUCAGUAUGUUCAGUACCGUUGACAUCAGUUUUGCUUCUGUUUGAGCUGACAAAAGAUUAUAGGAUAUUGCUUCCUCUUAUGGGGGCUGUUGGAUUGGCAAUAUGGGUUCCCUCUGUGGCAAACCAAGUUAAGGAGAGUGAGGCAUCUGAUGCACGGAAUUCAGGAAGAGGUGGUUAUUCUCUUUCACACACUGAUGAUAAAAAUGAAGGCAUGUGGAGACGAAUUGAUGGAGUAGAUGGUUCAGAGCUCACUGUCAUAGAAAAUGCUGUAGAUCAUGAAGCAACAAAUGAAGAAAUGCUUUUGGAAGAUUUGAAGGUUUCCAGUGCCAUGUCAAACAAUUAUGUAAAGGUUUCACUGAAUGCAACUUUGAAAGAAGCUACGAAAUGCUUGCGUGAUAGCCAACAAAAUUGUGUUCUUGUGGUUGAUGAUGAUGACUAUCUGGCAGGAAUACUAACAUGCGGUGACAUUAGACGGUAUGUGUCAAAGAAUGUCGACAUGGGUGGUUCAGCGGCUUUAGAUGUGAACAUGUGUCCUGUUUCCUUUGUUUGUACUCAAAAGAUUAGCUACCGUGGGCGUGCGCGUGGACUCCUAACCUGUUAUCCAGACACUAAUUUGGCAGUUGCAAAGGAGAUAAUGGAAGCCAGGGGAAUCAAGCAGUUACCUGUGGUUAGGCAUGGUGGCAAAAUGCAGAAAGGAAGGAAGCGGAGAAUUGUGGCAAUUCUUCACUAUGAUUCUAUUUGGAAUUGUCUCAGUUUCUGCAGAGAGGAGACAAAUACUCAAAGUAUCAAUCUAUCAUCAUAGAAAAGAGAAGAAUUCCAAGGUCAGUAUUAAAAACAGCCAUUGGCUAUGCUAUGCAGCUGGAAAUUGAAAUUGCCAAGUCUUCCUUCUUGAUUGACCACAAAGGCAAGCUGGUCUAAAUUUUUGGAGGGAGGGAGGAGGGGCUCAUGUCAUGAAUAAACUCCUAAGAUAAAUAUAGGAUUCAAAACCUGAAAUCUAUAUAUGUGUCAGAAAGCAGUAGCCGCUGAAGCAAGUGCUUGGAGGUUUGUCUGCAGUGUUCAUUAGAUUCAGGCGUGCAUGGCUCGUUGGUAAAAGCAUAUGUAUUAGCAUAAAAUUUCCAGGUGUUGGAUAUCUCAUUGUAAUUUUAGGAAAUUGAACUUUCUACAUUUUUAAUUAAAAGAGGAAAAAAGGAACCACAGUACAACAUUAUUUUCAAUAUGGUAGGAUUUGUAAAUUUCCGCCCUUAUUUACCUUUUAGUAGGGCAAUCAUUUGCUUUUGGUCAAA